UUCUCUAAACUCAUCGCCGCUUUCACGAAGACCUCCGUCUUCUCUUUUGCCGCGGCGCUCUCCAUUCCCUCUCUUUCUCUUUUCUCUCUGUACUGUGGGUGGUGAGCGCCGACAGCUUUUGCCCGUUCUCCGCGUUUUCCUUUCUUCUGUUUUUCCGUUCCUUCGGCACGCCGUCCUGACCUAUCUCCGACUACAGGAUCUCCGAGCUCGUCGACUUCGAUAAUGGCUACGGAGGCGGUGAACCCAAAGGCUUACCCAUUGGCUACCGCUCAGCUGACCAUCACCAUCCUGGACCUCAUCCAACAGGCUGCUAACUACAAGCAGCUCAAGAAAGGCGCCAAUGAAGCGACCAAGACUCUUAACAGAGGGAUAUCUGAGUUCAUCGUGAUGGCUGCCGACACGGAGCCCUUGGAGAUUCUACUCCACCUCCCUUUGCUAGCGGAGGACAAGAAUGUUCCCUACGUUUUUGUUCCAUCAAAGCAAGCCCUUGGACGAGCAUGUGGAGUCACGCGGCCUGUGAUUGCUUGUUCUGUCACGAGUAAUGAAGGUAGCCAACUCAAACCACAAAUUCGGCAGCUUAAGGAUGCUAUUGAGAAGCUUAUGAUCUGAAUCCACAAGUUCCUCCUGGCACGAUUGCCUUGCGUGAAUGAUAGUUGAUCUGAUCGAUGAUAUUGCUAUUUGGGCAGUUGAGUAACCUUUUUUCUUGUCUUUUUCUUUGGUACCCACCUAUGUGGUCACCGUGUUAUCCAAAUUCCUCUGUCUGGAAUAGUGACGACUAAUUAUGAGUUUGGUGUUUGAUCUACUCUGGGUACGUGUUGGACUAAUGGUACUGAACCAUUUAGACUCCUCUGCCUUAGCCCGGCAAAGGUGCACUUAUAUUGAGUAUUAUCGAUGUUGAUCUAGAUUCAGUGUUUGGAAGUUAAAUCUGACAGUUUGAAACAUAUUUAGAUUGGCUGAAUGAUAUAAUUUUUGCUGAUAA